AUGGAAGAGCUAAGAAGAGAAAUAGCUCUCAAGGUGCAGGAGGCAGAGAAGCUUAAAAGAGAGAAUGAGGACAAAGACUCCUCCCUCAUCAUUUUGGAAAGCACGGUCGCAGUUCUCGACAUGGAAAAGGAGACGUUGCGUCGAGAACUGCAAGAGAAGGAAAACAGUCGAUCAGAAAUGAAAAAUGAACUAGACAAGAAAAAUGAGGACCUGAAGAAACUAAAAGAAGAGAACAGGAGGAAGCAGAAUAACAUUGAAAGUCUGCAGAAAGAAACCGAGGACCAGAACUUCCAGAUGAAUUGUUUGGAAGAUCAAUUGCAAGUCCUCACCGCUGAGAAAAAGUGGGACCAAGAAAAUGUGCAGCAGCUCGAACUAUGCAGGAAAGAAUUAGCUGACAAGAAGAGGGAGUUGGAGGAUGUUAAAGCACACAACCUCCAGAGGGACAGUGAGAUCCUGCGCCUGGAGAAUGAGCUCUCUCUGAACCAAAAGAAGGUCCUCAGCUUAACGAAAGCAACCGAAAGUAUUGUAGCACAAAGGGCGAAUGGAGAGAUCAAUGAAAUGACGAGGACAGUCCAACUAGAAUUCGAGCUUGCUGAGAUGAAGGAGGAACUAGAGACGAUGGAGUUUGAAAAGAUGGAGGCCAUCUUGGAAAUUCAAAAACUCCAAGAAGAGGCCUUGGCCAAGGAUACAAAAUUCAGAUCCUUGGAUAUGAAAGGGCUUGAUAUGAUUAGCAAGGCGAAGGACACUUUCUAUAAAGAGAAGACUGUGACUAAAAUAGCGCCGAAAAAACAGCCUGGAUCAGAGAAGAAAGUUAGAAAGGAAAGUUCUCAGGAUAAACCUCGAUGUCUGAGAAAGCCCCAGGUCAACUGCAAAGCCCUCUACCAACAAAUGGACGACAUCGAGGAAGAGAUUAGCCAGAUCAGAGCGUCACAACGACGUUCAACUGCCAACAGGAGACACUCAAAAGCCCCAGCGAAACUUCCUUCAGUUACAAAGCCUCUAAAAAGAGACCAAAUACAUCAGAGGCUGAGGAUGGAAUCUGCAGCUAACCUCCGAAGACUGGAGCGAGAUGCUGCAAUGGUAAGAAAUCUCUACAAGGGCAACUACGUCACUUAA